CCUCCUCAGCUCCUUCUCCAUCCCCGGGUCCAAGAUGGCGGCGGCGGCUCCUCCGGCUCCAUCGCCGCCUCCCCCUCCUCCCGCCGGCCCGUGCUGCCCGGGCUCUUGGCCUAACUUCGCCGUCGUUUGCUCUUUCCUCGAACGCUACGGUGCUUUGCUGGAUCUCCCCGAGCUGCCUUUCCCCGAUCUGGAGCGCGUCCUACAGCCUCCACAGGAACCUGGAGAUCAGGUUCCAAAAGAAUUGGUGGAGCUUCACUUGAAACUGAUGAGAAAGAUUGGGAAGUCUGUCACAGCAGACAGAUGGGAAAAAUAUUUGAUCAAGAUAUGCCAAGAAUUCAACAGCACUUGGGCUUGGGAGAUGGAAAAAAAAGGAUACCUAGAAAUGAGCGUCGAAUGCAAACUGGGGAUUCUGAAGUAUCUCUGUGAAUGUCAAUUUGAUGACAAUCUGAAGUUUAAGAAUAUAAUUAAUGAGGAGGAUGCUGAUGCCAUGCGCCUUCAGCCUAUUGGUCGAGACAAGGAUGGACUGAUGUAUUGGUAUCAGCUGGACCAGGAGCAUAAUGUCAGGAUGUACAUAGAAGAACAGGAUGACCAGGAUGGAUCCACAUGGAAGUGCAUUGUUAGAAACAGAAAUGAGCUUGCCGAGACCCUUGAGCUCCUGAAAGCACAAAUUGAUCCUGCCCUGCUGAAAAACAAUUCUCAGCAGGAGAAUUCAUCACGUGAAAGCCCAAGUAUAGAAGAUGAAGACACCAAAAAGGGUGAAGAAGCAUCUACACAAGAAAACCAAUUAAAAAUCAAAGAAGAAAAAGACGAGGUGGAGGAACAGUCAAAGGAAUUGGAAAGUCUUCCUCUUCCUGUGGUCAAAGAGGAUGAAAACAUGAUGAAAAUAGAGAAGGCUGAAGAAAAAGAAAUUAUAAAAUUGCCAGUAAUAGUAAAAUUAGAGAAGCCUUCGGAAUACAACGAAGAGAAACAAACUGUCAAAGAAGAAAGCGACUCCUUUAAAGAAAAUGUGAAGCCUGUUAAAGCAGAGGUGAAGGAAAACAAAAUAGAACCAAAAGACCUAAAGGAAGUAAAAAGUUCUACUGACAAAAUAGCAGUUCAUGAGCCUGAGAGGUUAGAAUUUUGUGUUAAUGUCAAAACUCCCCAGGAAAUUGUGGAGAAAUCUGUAGAAGAAAGCGAGAAACUUAAAAAUGACCAGCAGGCAAAAAUACCCCUUAAAAAGCGAGAGAUCAAGCUGACAGAUGACUAUGACAGUCCUAUAAAGGGGUCCCUGUGUAAAUGUGUGACUCCAACGAAGGACGUCUUGAAGGAAGAGGGGAAACCAGAAGAAGAAACUUUUAAGAGAGUCCCUACAAUUACUGCUUUAUGUCCCGAUGGGAAAGUGCUGGUUAAUGGAGAGGUUAGCAGUGAAAAAAUAACCCCAAGUGUCAUACAAAAUAAUCGGUCUGAGCACUCGGUUGGUGCAAAGGAAGACAGCAGCUCAUUAAAAGAGAAAAACGGUAAAAGUGGGGAAAAGGUAUCAGACUCCCUAAAUUCUGUUAGUAAAAUUAUAAAAGCAUGUGAGGUUGAGAAAAAUGCAGUAACUGUGGUGAAAGAGCUAGGAGCUGUGGUCUCUGAGGUUUCAAAUCAGAAAGUGCCUUUAAAGGAGGAAUCUAGUCCCGUGGAGAAAGAGAACCUUGACAGUCCAGCUACUGAGAUGGUAGUGGAAGAAUCUUCAAACUCUGAAGACUGUGCCAAAAAAUCCGAAGAGAAACUAGCCACCAUAAUCCAAAAGGACAGACUGCCACCCAAAGAAUGUUUAGAGAAGCUGGAGAAGCCCACAGAUGCAUCUGCUCCUGCAGAACUGCCCAAGCCUGCACCAUCUGAGGAAGAAACCUUGGAAAGCAGAAGCGAGCCUGAGGAGAAACCUGAUUCUCCCAAAGCUGCUGAGACACCUCCUCCAUCUUCUUCUCCUUUGACUUUAGAGAAGUCUGUUUUGGAAGCGGAGGGCUCUGAUGCUAAACCUGCUCUCCUUGAGGAGAGCCAAGGAGAAGAAAAAUCCAGCCCUGAAAAACCAGAGGAAGAGCCUGAAGCUGCCAAGCCAGAGCCAGAGGGAUUAGACGAUGCCCAUGCGUCCAACCUAGAGAACUCCUCCGAGAGUAAAAAGGAUUCCCCAACACCUAAAAGCAAAUUUAAGUAUAAACUAGUUUCUGAAGAAGAAAGCUGCACAACAGAUAAUAAAGAAAUAACUUCUGAAAGACAGAAAGAAGGGAUUAAAUUAACUAUCAGGAUCUCCAGUAGGAAGAGAAAGGCAGAAACACCGCCAGAAGACGUCACUGCUGGCCGCACGUUGAGGAGAUCCCCAAGGAUAUCUAAGCCUACUCCGAAAGUUGCGGAGACUCGGGAUCAGAAAUCUGACAAAAAACGAUCUGAAGAGGAAGAGGAGAAACCUGCACAUAAACAGGAAAGAAAAGAAGAUGCAAAAAAACAGGAGAAGGAGUCAAAUUCUAAGGUUAACAAGAGGAGCAAAGUUCGGUGGACAGGUACACGAACACGUGGCAGGUGGAAAUACUCAAGCAAUGAAGAAAGUGAAGGCUCAGAGAGUGAAAAAAACUCAGAUGAAGAGGAGGAAGAGGAAGAAGAGGAGGAAGAAGAAGCUGCACCUGCUGACGAUGAUGAACCGUGCAAGAAGUGUGGCCUUCCCAACCACCCUGAGCUGAUUUUGUUAUGCGACUCCUGUGACAGUGGAUACCAUACAGCUUGCCUUCGCCCUCCUUUGAUGAUAAUCCCUGAUGGAGAAUGGUUCUGCCCACCUUGCCAGCACAAAUUACUCUGUGAGAAAUUAGAAGAACAGUUACAAGAUCUGGACGUCGUCUUAAAAAAGAAGGAGCGUGCAGAACGCAGAAAAGAGCGACUGGUGUACGUGGGUAUCAGCAUUGAGAACAUCAUUCCCCCACAGGAGCCAGAAAUCCCUGAAGGUCAAGAAGAAAAAAAGAAAGAUUCCAAAAAGCACAAAUCAAAGCUGCUUGAAAGGAGGUCUACCAGAACCCGGAAAUGCAUAAGCUACAGGUUUGAUGAAUUUGAUGAGGCAAUUGACGAGGCAAUUGAAGAUGACAUCAAGGAAGCUGAUGGAGGAGGCAUUGGGAGAGGCAAAGACAUGUCUAAUAUCACAGGACAUCGUGGAAAAGACAUUUCCACAAUCCUAGAGGAAGAAAGGAAAGAAAACAAGCGACCCCAAAGGGCUGCUGCAGCACGGCGCAAGAAACGACGGCGACUGAACGACCUGGAUAGUGACAGUAAUCUGGAUGAGGAAGAGAGCGAGGAUGAGUUUAAGAUCAGUGAUGGAUCUCAGGAUGAGUUUGUUAUCUCAGAGGAAAACCUGGACGAAAGUGAAGAUGAUCCACCAUCAAACGAAGACAGCGAUUCCGAGUUCUGUGCCCGCAUCUCCAGGAGACACCUCUCCAGGCCAAUGAGGCAAAGCAGGCGGCUACGAAGGAAAACAGCCAAGAAAAAAUAUUCUGAAGAUGAUGAAGAUGAAGAUUCCGAGGACAAUUCAAGCAGAGAAUCUGAGAGUGGUGAUUACACGGAGUACAGUGAUGAUGAUUACCUGGAAACCAGGAGGAGAAGAUCAAGAAGGAAUCAGAAGAGGCAAGUCAACUACAAGGAGGAUUCAGAAAGUGAUGGCUCUCAGAAAAGUGUCCGAUAUGGCAAGGAGUUGAGAAGAGUUCAUAAACGCAGGCUCUCCACUUCAGAUAGUGAAGAGAGCUACGCAUCCAAGAACUCCGAAGAUGACGAUUCCACAAAGGAGUCGAAGCGACUGAUUCGAAAGCGUCGGCGAAGUACGGAUGACUACUCUGAGGAAGGAGAGGAUGAGGAAGAUGAAGAGAGGCCUGUCCGCAAGCGGCUCAAUAGAAUUGAAACAGACGAUGAAGAUAACUGCGAAAAUGCAAACGAUGAGGCAGAAAACCCUGCAAAUAAGCUGCCGGCACCACAGGCUCCUCAAGACAACACCAAGAAGCACUGCUACCGGAUAGAAAGUGACGACGAAGAUGACUUUGAUAACGUGGGGAAAGUAGAGAGCCCUUUGGACUACAGCCUGGUGGACUUGCCUUCCACCAACGGACAGAGCCCAGGUAAAACCAUUGAGAACUUGAUUGGCAAACCUAGCGAGAAGACCCAAGCCCCCAAGGACAGCACAGCCAGUGCCAGCCUGGCGCCCAACGGGACGGGGAGCGGGCAGGAAGUGGUAGGGCCAGAGGAAGAUGAAGAUGAACUUUUGAGAGUGACUGACCUUGUUGAUUACGUCUGUAACAGUGAACAGUUAUAAGACUUCCAUUUUUGUGCUAAUUUAUUCCACGGUAGCUCAUACCAGCGGGCCAGUUAUUAAAAGCUGUUUUAUUUUUCCUAGAAAAUUCUCCACUACAGUAUCACUUUUUAGAAGCAAGAAUUUCACCAGUCCUGCAGUCUUUCUGUGAAGUGACCAGUUUUGAACUUUGAAGAAGAAUUGCUGUAAAUUCCCUCUCUUACCCCCCUUUCUCCUUCCAAGUCCAUGGUCCUGGGUAAUUUCACUCACAAAUACCUUAUCACAACAAGAGAUUUGUAUAUUUUUGGCUUUAUAUUUCCUGAGUGCAUACAAAUUUGUGGAAAUGGGUGGCCUAAGAAAGCAUUCCAAAUCGGUCAGGGCCCAAACCGAAAUUUGGGGUGGGUUUGGCUCAAGGGGUGGGCGGGGUGCAGAAGCACUUGUGCUUUAGCUUUUUCAUAUGAGAUAUAUAUUAUAUUUAAAUGUUCACAACUUAGAUUACAACUUAACAGACAGUCUCAAAUUUAACGUCUGUACUGUCGCAUUUUGUGAGUUGUAGGUUAACAUGCCAUAGCUCAUUAGUAAUCACCUUCAUGGAAGCAGUUUGAUUUUAAUACAGGAGGCAAACAGAAUUACUAGAGGCCGAGAAGGUACCAUAAACAAGAACUCUACUAUCCAUUAUGACUUGCAGACUUUCCUAAUAAACAUCCUUUAAAGUGUUUGUACAGUAAAGUGUACUGUAAUGAAGUUUUUGACAGUUGAAACACGCUAGCAAUGAAUUUGCAAAGCUAUCCCACGCGUAGUUCAUCAGCUGGUCUUCUGUGCACGGUGUCCAGUGGGAGGACGCAGCGAUGCGAAGCUGGUCUGUAAGCAGGAUGGCAUCUUGGCGUGCUGUAAACUUUUACAGACAAAAGAAUCCUGCAGUAGCUGCCUGGCCACUUGGGUUUCACCUUCUGUUGGAGCAUUCGGAAUGGAACGUGUCUGUACAAACUGCACUGACCACAGAAUUGCAGCGCAUCAGAGGAUGGAGGGAUUUUCCAAUAAACCGUGACUGGUCCAUUCAUGUCCUUAGUAUCUACUUCAAAUUGAAGUAAACAAAUGGAACAGUUUUCCUUUUGGAGGUUUUCUGUUUGGGGUUUGUGUGUGUUUUUGUUUUGAUUUUAGUUAUCUGCCUGGAUGUAUUAGCAGGUUUUGAAUGUAGUGUUGGCCUUUGGCCAUUAGAAUUUUCUUAAAAUACAUUUUAAUAAUUGUCAUGUGACCAAACUGAUUUCAAGAAGGCAGUAUUUCUGAGAGAAAACACUCGACUCCAAGACGUCUCAUCAACUUUGGAGUGGGCCUGAGGUGAUGUGUGCUUUCAUUAAAAAGAAAAAAGGAGACUGCAAACAAAACCAACAAAUGUGGGCACAUAAGAAAGAGCAGAGCUGACAUUUGCUUUGGGUGGUGUUGAGUUUUCUCUUCAUUUGGAAUUAAGAUGCAGGCUGUAGCAUUUGUACAUGUUGUAGCACACAGCUGGAAAAGAUCUGCCAAACGUUGAAAUCCAAGGAGGUCACAUCUGUUUCUCCUUUUGCUCUGAGAUUUGGAUUUUUGACUGGUGUUGAUGUCCAUUGCCGGCAAUGGACGCACCGAAACUGCUGCUGCCACUGAGGAGUGAGUUCUCCUUUCCUGCCCCACCUGAUUCCCUUCCAUUAUAUUGUAUUUCCUAGUCAGUCAUGAAGCACUUCUGUUUUCUUCUACUAAAACCGGCGUUAGGCCUUUGCUAAAUACCUCUCUAGAGUACCUACACCCAAAAACACCUACUUCUGGCCUGGAAAGUCUUGGUUUUGUUUCCCCACCUGUCUCUCCACGAGUUCAAUCAGAACCACUCCGUGACUGUUACUCGAUUGGGUUCUAGCAGUGCACACCUACAACUAGAAUCGUCAGAGCUGCAAGACAGACAGAACUCGUUCAUUGCCUGCUGCUAAGCAAGCUUGUGAUUAAGAAAAAAAAGAGAAAUCACGCUCUUUCUAAAUGAGAACUGAACACCAUUAAAGAUUAAAUAUCUUUCCACCUUACCAAUGCUAACUGUUAACAGAUCUCACAAGCAGGUAUUAAAACAGGGUUUAGAAUGUUCUUGUAAGUGUAUGUAGCAUUUUAGCUACUACAAUGUUUUUCUUUGCCUAGGUGAUGCAUAAAUGUAGUGCUUCUCCAUUUCUAGUAUACUUGUGUUUUAAAACAAGCAAGAACACAUGGCUUCCACUUUCUAUUGUUAAUAAUUGCUGAGCAUUCUUACUAUUUGCAGUGCAAACUGUCUUGAUUCCCAUGCAGCGACACUGUGUAAUCAGUGACUCCUCAUUUAUUUUGGCAGUGCCAUCACCUUUUCUGCUGCCACAUGGAGCCUUUUCCUGUCUGAUCAGUGCUGUAGCAAACGUUCUUGCUUGUAGGCAGCCCCAAAUGCUGGAUAUGUAGUGGGUGAGUCAUUGUGAACGUAGGAAAAUACAAAGCAGUUAAAACAGCAAACAUACCAACCAGGAAGAAAUUGAGCACUGUGUUCGGGAGUGACGUAGCGGAGCAGAAAGCAGAAGUGAAGCACUGAAGUUUAUGUCAAGAGCAUCAGGUUUAACCAAUGUGGACAGACAGGUUGUUACUUUCUAUUGGUGGGUUUUACAAAACAAUUCUCUGUCUUCUGAGAAGUCACCUUCGGUAGCUGGGAUAUUUCAUCCCUUGGGAUCCCAGGGUCCCGUUAGUCCGUUGGGAAUAUUGUGCAAGGAAAAUCUGCCUAGAUGUUCUACAGAGCCCAGGAUUUUAAAACUUCCAUUUCCUCUCCUGUCUAAGGCUUCCAGCAUGGUCGGAAAUGUGAAUCUGUUUGGCAAGAUGUUUUCAGACACGAGGCCGGCUGGCUGCCGUGUGUGGCUCUGCUGUCGUGUCACAUGUACGUGAUCCCAAGUGGGAUCCUCCAGGUGUUGUGGUGUCCUUAGCAGCUUGUGCUCUCCUGUAUGCAUUGUGAGAUCAGAAGUCACGUCUUUGACUGCUCAUCUUCAGGCAUGGCUUUGGGCAAACAGAAAUUCAGGGUGUGCAAGGAACAGAAUGCAUUCUGGCCAGGGGUUUAUCACACAAUGGACUGGGCAGCAGAAGAAGGAGCACCUGUUGGCUGAGCUGUGCUGUGCACACAGGUUGACACCGAAAGCUGUGUCUUUUUUAACUGCGGAUCCUUCAGAGUAUAACUGAUGAGGAAGAAAGGGAACCGGUUUCUGUGGGUUGCGUGAGUCUUAAGAAGCACUGGAGAAGGGAAGGAACUGUAAACUGAGUUGAGGAAUGGAUGUUUUUGGGUGCCACAAAGAUAAAGGAUGGCUUUGCCACGAGCAUGGGAUGGAUGUGCAAAGUAGGGCCACUCUGUGCUAAGGAAUGCAGAGCGUUGAUCCAACCAGAAGGGUGGGGAAUUAAGAAGGCAAAAUUCCAUUGCGGUUGCUGUCUUCUGGUUAGAUACUGAAUCUUCUAAACCUUGAUUUAAAAAUGGAAAACAACAUCAUUAAGCUACCAAAAAAAACCCAUAAUGUUGAAAGCCUGUAGAAAGUCGAGUACUGAACAAAGUCUCUGAGCUCUUAGACAGUUUGAUUUCCUACAUGUCAAAUUACCUUAUAAAAUUACUGUAUCUUCCUGAUUCAUUUAAUGAAGCGAUUGCUCUGUUCUAAUGGCACUUGGGAAGAACAGAGAUGCCUUUUCUCUGAAUUGCUCAUGUAUAAAUACGUCACCGCGAGAUUUCUGUGGAUUGAAACGUCUCGAUUGCUCUGCAGGCAGUGGGAGCUGAUGAGUGAAGCUCUUCUUUCCUGGUCAACUGCUGUUUUCCGAGUGCUGGCCUGCGCUCUGAGGGGUCACUCAAAGAACCUUGAGGCAGAAAUGUAUGUUCACAAAAGAAAAACUCUAUGGUAGCAGUGCCCUUCUCCUGGUUUGUCUUCAUGUUUCUCACUUGAGCUGUUUGGUAUCUGUGCAAUGGUUUCAGUAGUCCAUUGUCAGGGUGUCCAUUGCACAGCUCUGUUUUCGGGUGCUUACAGCUUGGUUUUCAAUGCUCUGCAGUAGGAAGGCCUGGUCGAAACUUUCAGCAAGUUGUUUCAAAUUACUUAUUUUCACCAUUUUUCUUUUUUUUUUUUUCUCCAUGGGAAGUAAAUGAGGAAUUUUGGUGGCAAGGGAUUUGUGUCAUCCAGUUCAAAAUGGCAACGCAUGGGCCUUGAGAAUUGGUUUUGGUCCGUGUGCAGUGAAUGCUAUCCACAAGCUCGUGUUAAGCAUCCAACCUGCAGCCUUGGAUACGUAUUUAGGUUUGCUUUCAGUUCUCUGGGUACAUAAAAUCCUUUCGUGUAUAAAUGUAUGUACAAAUAUCAAAUGUCUUCAAAUGGUAACUUUCUGGAAAACAAAAUCUGUUGGAUAUGGUGGGGAGAUCUGCAGCAAUUCAUGCAGAAAGAGCACAGCACUGCAACUCCUCUAGUGUUUAAGCCAUCUAUGGGAGCAGUUAGGACUGCUGUCUGCAAUGUGCGGGAUGAAGCCCACGUUUCCUGGGAUCUUUUCCUCCUCCCCUUCUAGAACAAGUGGGGUAGGGAUGAUAUCAAUAUGUCAGAAGAGAGAAAAUGAACAACAACAGAAACAGAACUUAUUAUCCAGCAUAUAUUGAAGCAAUUGCAAUCCUCAGUGACCACUCUGUGAUGCUGUAGAGUUGGGGAUCUCACGGAACACUCUGGCUUCAGAAAUGCUUAUCCCUGCAGCUGGACACACAGCAGUCGGGGUACUGAGGAUUACUGGUCAUUUCUGAUAAUGUGCAUCACUUACCAAGCUCUCAUUUUAGGUUAGGUAUAACUCAUGAGAUCGUUCCAAAUGGCAGAAGCGUGUGCUUGGGAGUUGUUUGUCCCAGUGCUUUGGAAUAAUUUAACUUAUUUUGUAUAUUGCAGAAGAUGUAUAUUGCUUAGUAUGACACUUACUUUAAAAAAGAAAUGUGUACAGCUUCUGGGGGAAAGAAUAGGACACUCUUAAGUAGAGAAGAAGUUUUUAUAAUGGAGGAUGUGGUGUAAAGGCUCCAGGUAUAACUGCAAUUAAAAGCAAGUCCCACAGCUUGGGUUUUUGACUGUCGUUUUGUAAAUGCUGACACUCCGCACCUGAGCCUGUGAUCAGGAGAGGGGAUGAUGAUACAGAAGUUAGAGAGGACACGUGCUUAAUGAAGGCAGGUGUGUCUGCAAAUAGAUCUACUAUUGCUACGUAUAACCCCAAAGGUUACUAAGGAAAACUGAAAGAUAGAGUUGCUCUAUUCCUUCAGUUGGUUUACUUUGUGCACUUGGCAGCACUUUGUGUAUAGUCAGUCUCACUGGUUCCCCAGGUGCAGACCGAGUUGGUUUCUCCUGCUGUUGGAAUGCUCUUUCCAUUAACAGGAGAUGGGGAAUGGGUGGAGGGAAGCGGAAUGGGAAAAUGCGGAUGCAAGCCCUUGCAAUUUGCAAGAUGGGUCUUGGACAGGCCUGAAAACUGCUUCUGAUUUGCCCUUUAAAGACUGUACUUCAAAUGGAAGGUCUCCGUGCGGAGAAUCAUCUUGACACCUCCUUUUCUCAUCGUGACCUUCCGAGCAACAGGCAAACUGUUCACAGUCUCUUUCCUUGAGAGCAGUUCCACCAGCACAGCGUGGCGUGGAGAAGAUCAGGAUCAGUAGAGCACUGUGACAAUGUUUGCCUUGGGGAUGUUGGUUGGAGUCCACGCAGGUUCCUUUGUCCUUUGUUCCUCUUCUUACGUCCCACAUGACUAAACUGAUUAGUGAUACUUAGAUUAGUCUGUCAGAACUUGACUUAAAUGAUCCUGAGGGGAUAAAGUCCUUUUACUAAAACAUGCAAUAGGCCUCAUUACCAGUGCACCGUUUGUUAGUUAAAAGUCCUUAGCAGAUCUGCUACUCAAGUUAGUGGUAGAAGAGGAAAUCGAACCAUACAGCUAUAUACCUUGUUUAGUUUUCCAUUUCAUACUCAUUAUAUGGACUCUAAAGUCUUGUACAGUAUCUGAUGCCUAUGCUGUAUUCAUUACAAUGGUACUCCUCCCCCUAACCUGCACUAACACGAUUUGUUUUUCAUGCCAGUCAGGUUGCUAGUUGCUAGCCCUGCUUCACAGAUCUGCAGCAGCCAUGAGAUGGCAUUCAACUGAUUCAAACACCUGAUGUCACCGUUGGCAGUGUGAUGGUUCUCAAAUAGGAGCAGAGUUCUAGGUGGAUGCUAGACAAGCACUGGGUUUAUUCACAGUCCCAGAUAGCAUAGACCAGGUAAUUGCUAGCAGAACGGCUGUCCUCCAAUUCCUGCCACAAUUAGAUCGAAACUGCCGGAUAGGUUAAAAUCUCAGACACGCUUACACGAAAUACAGUCUUGUCUUACUCCUGUGUGCUGUUUGUACGUUCACAGAGAAAUCUGGAGUUAACAUCACUCUCGUUCACGCUUGGCCUCGUUUUUCUUUUCUUUCUCUAGAAGUCCCGCAAGCCGAGCUCUGUGCAGAGCUUAACCCGUGCAUUUCAGAGUCCUGAACCUCGAUUGUUAAAUCUCUUCCAUCGUGACUUGCUCCAAUAUCAAAGGGAAAGGACCGAGGGGACGCACACUGUGUGUGCGGGAGGUGGGGAGAGAGACGUUGAAAAAACUGGAAUUGUCGUUGUUGCACAUAAAUUGGGUGGUGCUGUCACUGUCCUUCCCCCCCCUCGCCAGAAAUACCACGUGCAUGCGAAACACGAUGCAUUAAAACCUUUAUAACGGAAGUCAUGGUGGCCUCAGUGCUCAAAGGGUUCACUGCAGUUUAAUAACAGCUCAUGUUUUUAGAUUUGCAGUACACAACUGUUUAAAUACUGUAUUCCUUGUAAAUGAAGUAAAAAAAGAAAAAAAAAAAAUGUUAAGGCUGGUGCCAAUAUUUUUGUUAAUGAAUUGUUCAGCGUUGUCUCACUACAGUCUGGUCAGAACUCUUUGUGUAUAAGCUGGGCCUGAAGCCAUUUUAUAGCUUGUAGGCCUAAUUGUGUAACUUUUCUUUCAUAAUGUUUUUGUUAUAAUAUCUACUGUCAUUUCUUUCAUAUAAAUAUGACAUGUAAAUUGUCAUAAUAAAAAAAAAAAAAAAAGAAAUAACUGGAUGUACAAAGUAUAA